CACGCGCACGUUGAAGAGAAAUCUUCCUUCCGGUUCGAACGGACGCAUCUCUCUGUUUCUCCCUGUUUAGCAUUCCAAGCAUGAAAAAAAUAGUUAAAAUUACAGAGAAUGUCGAGAAGAUCCAGCUAUGGCGAAACUCAUUUCCUGUGGUGCCAAAACUUUCCCCAAAUUAGAACACCCCUUUCUUCCUCAAUUUAAACCCCCUCCCUCCAUCACCACCCCUUUCCACCAUUCUAUCUCUCUCUUGUUCUCCUCCCUUGGCGACAAACUAUCGUCUCUGUAUAUUAUUAGCUGUAGGAAUAAUAAAUUAUUGUAGAUUCUUUAUUGUAGUAAUCUCUCGCUCUCUGGUCUCCCUCCAUGGUUGUUCUCCCCUGAUCAUCGAUCGAUGCUAAUUUGAGUUUUUCCCCAGAUGGAUCGCUAGAAGAAGAAGAUAUUGUUCUGGGAAACCAAAUUAAUCGAUCUGGGGUAGACAAUGGAGGUCCGCCGGAUGAUGGAAUUGAUGCUCCUCUGGUCUAGAACUCAAAGUACCCGUGUGGCCCUCGUGGGUGGGAACCACACCGCCGCCCGAUUUUGUACUCGCUAAUCCAAUUUCUCUUCUCGAUCUCCUUCCCUCUCUUCCUUCAAUUCUCUGCCUGCAAUCUUCUUUAGUCUUUAAACCCUUUCUCUUUUCGCCAUCGGAACAGCAUCAGUUUGCUUCAAUUCGUUUAUUUUUUUCGUUUUGUGAACUCCAGCCGACGUGAAAUUGUCGGAAAAAGGAAAAUGUGUUCAGCCUUGGAACUGGCUCACGGGUUUCGAGCCCAAACCCAAAAGAAGAUCAAGCAAAGUUUGCACGGAGGUGCCAUGGGCUUGAAUUCUGAUGCACAUUUGUUGAUCAUCAGGCUCCCUGAUUCCAGAGUUCUGCGGGUUAUCGCCCGAUCGGUUCUUUUGGCUCUGGUGAUUUUGUCUUUCCCCUGGUUUGGAUCCAUCAUUGGGGAAUUCUUGAAUCCCCACCAAGUCGUUUCUGCGACGGAUGUUUCUCCCGAUUCGAUCAAUUUGGAUCAAUUGCCGAUUCUAUUUCAUGAUUUGACGAAGGAACGUCUUCUAAAAUUGGGAGACAGAGUUCUCUUCGUAAGCAAUGGGAAAAACGAGGAUGAAAUUUACAACUCGCAGGUCCUGAGCGGCAACGAGAUGGAUCUGAUCUCCGAUUCUGAUUCCGAGCGACAGAGCUCAAUCCCCGACGGUGUAUUUGACUUCGCCUUCGCAAACGGCUUCCACGCCGCCGGAGAAUUCAUUGACAGGACUCUGAAGGUCGGCGGCAUUGCCGCAGUCCUACUGACCGGCGACGACUCUCUCGACGUUCGCUUCAAUGCGCCGGCGAACUACAAGAUCAUCUACCUCCGGCGAUUCAAAUCCACCGUCGUGGCCAUGAGGAAAACCCACAGUGCCGAUCCCACGGGAUCCACUAGACAGAGGCGCCGACUCUUGGGGUUCGCGUCGGAGGACAAGAAAGCUGCCCUGAAGAAGCUGGAGGACGUGCUUCUAGAGCCGCCGCGCGCAGCGUCGGGGAAGUCGAGCCGGUACAUGAAGCGGACCAGGUACCUGCCGGACCUAAUGGGAGACUCGCUGGAGAGCUAUUCGAGACGAGUAUUCAUCGACGUCGGAGGCGGCAGCGGCGGCGACGCCGAGGCGUGGUUCGCGAGCAAUUACCCAACGAGGAACAGGGAAUUCGAGCUGUACAAGAUAGAAACGGUGGCGGAGGAGUUGGCGGCGGCAGAAGGAAAGGGAGUGGGGGCAAUUGGGAUGUCGGAGUGGCUGAGGAGGAACGUGAGGGUGGAGGAGUACGUGGUGAUGAAGGCGGAGGCGGAGGUGGUGGAGGAGAUGGUGAAGAGCGGAGCAAUAGGGCUGGUGGAUGAGAUGUUCAUGGAGUGCAAGCCGCAGGGACUGGGGCGGAAGGGUCACCGGAGCCGGCGAGCAUAUUGGGAAUGCUUGUCGCUGUACGGACGGCUGAGGGACGAGGGGGUGGCGGUGCACCAGUGGUGGGGUUGAGAGAGAGAGAGAGAGAGUAUUGGGUCUAUUGACUCAGUUUGUACUAUUAUUUUUGUUCUUGUUUAUUUUUUUUUAUUCUUUUAUUUUUCAAUGAUUAUAUGGGAGAAUGUGAGGGUGUAUCAAAUGAGACAAUUGCAUGAUACUUGAUAUUUAAAUAAAAAAAUGUGAGUUUUUUUUGU